GUUCACUGGAGUGGACUUGCUAUCGAGGCGUAGUCCCCGGACGACAUCGUGUUCCGAGAAUGGCAGACCAUUCUAAAACGUCCUCACUAGAAGGUGCCAGCAACGGACACGGUGAACACCAUGUCGACACUAACGAAGAGAAAGUUCCUGAUCUACCGCAGUAUCUGUACACCGCCCUGGAACGAUUAGCUCCAAAGGAAGGUUUCACCGAGGGUAACUUUACGAUCGAGUUUGAUUUUGGCUCAAGCAAGGGAGAUGGGUUCGUUGGGCAAAUGUUCAAAGCCGAAAUCACCGAAGGCGAUCGUAAGGAGAUGUACUUGUGUAAGAUUCCACCACUCGAUGACGCUCGUCGUGAGCAAUUUGGCUCAAUGGGGGCCUUCGCUCGGGAGUCACUGGUGUACGAUCAAUUCCUGCCCAUGAUCUACGAGUAUCAGCGGCGAAAAGGUGUCACGGAAAAGGAAGAUGGUUUCUUCCACACACCUCGGUGCUACCAUGCACACUGCAACGAGGCGGCCCAAGAAUCGGUCAUUAUUAUGGAGGACCUUCGGAUGCGAGACUUUCAACUAUGGAGCAAGUAUCGCAUAAUUGAUUACGAGCACGCAAGCCUCUUUAUGACACACCUCGGUCGAUUGCACGCCAUUUCGCUGGCGAUGAAGCGAGACGAACCGGAGAAGUUUGAGCAGUUUAAACUACCGAACCCCUUCGACGAGAUGCUGAUGUCCGACGGGCCGUUCAGGAACAUGAUCCUGUCGCAGUUCCAGAUGGUUAUCGAUGCACUGGACGAGCGGGACACGGUUGAGCGGGCCAAAAUGGAACAGCUCAAGGAGGACGUGUUCGACGAGCUGAGUCGCUGUGGCAAGGGCCAACUGGCAGAACCGUAUACGGUGGUAGGGCAUGGCGAUUGCUGGACAAACAACAUGAUGUUCCGCUAUGAGGACGGGAAUCCUACAGAGAUAGUGCUCAUAGAUUGGCAAGUGAUGCGGUACGUCACACCCGUCCAGGACCUAGUGUACUUUAUCUUCUGCUGCACGGACGAGGCAUUCCGACGCAAGUACUACAAAGAGAUGAUCGACAUAUACCAUCGAUCGUUAUCGACGAUGCUGGCAAAGCUGCAGCACGAUGCUAACGAGUUGUUCCCGCGAUCGGAGCUCGACAAACAGCUGCAGGAGUACGGCCGUUACGGCAUCCUGAUGGGCAUGUUCCUGGUGCCGAUGAUGUGCACACGCAACGAGGAUCUUCCUGACAUCGAGGCAAUGGCUCAACGAAUGGCGGAAUCGAAGCAGCUGAAUGAAAGCUUCUUUAAAACCACAGAAUCAAAUCAAGAUGCGUUCGCGAAGCGAAUGAGCGACGUUGUGAAGGAUACCAUACGUUAUGGGUAUAUCUAGUUGUUUUUAAAGCGAUAUGUGACGUUGUAAUCAAUUUAGUUUAAGCUCGUCAUACGGUUGACUAUAGCAUUAAACACGAAUGGAGAAUUAUCUAGUGAACGAUCGCA